AGGCUGCCGUUCGCGGCCUCUCCGAAUCUCCCCCUCAAGGAAGGUUUGAAAGUUGGGCGGGUGGCAACCCUCGGUGACAGGAUGGUUGAAGAUAGUGGAGUCUCUAACUCAAGCAUUGAGUUUUGGCUGAACAAGACUCUUGAGUGGGAUCAGAUCACCACUUUAGAAUCUCAGCAAGAUGUCUGCCUUCACUUGCCUGAAUUACAGGAAUUUCUCCUGCAGAUUUAUGGAGCUUUGAAACAUAUGAACUCGACAACUGCAGUCCAAAAAUUUCCAUUAAUUGGUCAGUUAUUAGGAAGACUUUGUUGGAAUCCUUUUGUCAUUGGUUAUGAUGAAUGCCAGAAGAUUCUGAUGUGCUGCUUAUGUUGUCUGUACAGUGGUGAACCACAGAGCCCUCUGGAAUUGAAGGCCAACAGCUGGAUACAACCUUGGGAUAAACUAAUUGUAUCCAAAUUUUAUUCACAGACAUCUAAAGAAAACACUUGUGUGCAACAUAAUCUUUUUACCAUCUUACAAGGUGUGGUUGCUGAACUGCAACGCAUAACCCAGUGCCCUCGGGGUUCAGCCUUGUCUAGGGAUAUACCUGCUUCCAUAGCUGAACCCCCAUCACCACUACCCUCAGUAUUUAGCGAAUGUUCAGUGCUGGGUGAGGAGGAUGAGGUGGUAGACCAGGAGCUCUCAGACGACGAGGGCCUUGCACAGGACAGGCUUGCCUUUUCGGGAUUAUUUCGGCCUACCUUAUUUAAAUCACUUUUAUUUAAGGCCAAGGCUAUGAACAACAUGGGAAGCGCCACUACCCAGGCUAGCACUGCAGUGGGCCUAGAUUCCACAGAAUGCCUAUUUGCAGAACAGGUACAGGAACGGGAUACUAUACUCUGUCCAAAACUGUUUAUGGACGUUGUCCAAAAACAAUGGAUGCAACCAACAGCUGUCCCUCCACCCAGUAAUGCAAUUACAUCGGCCAGGAGAGUGUUGGAGCUGGCGGUGCUGUUGGUCUGCAAGGAUCUCUAUCUUCCAUCCGAACAGAGUCGUUCUGCGGUUGGACCCGGCAUUCCUUCCGAAAAUUAA